CUUUGACGUGGAUGUUGUCAACAGCAAUGGCGGAUGGAAUAGAAGUACUCCAGGGCAGCUGGGACCAGGAACUGGCGGAAGCCUUGGACUCGGGGAGCUGCGACCUGGAGACUGUGAGGGGCAUAACCCAGGGCCGAGAACUGCCGCCCUCACAGAGGGCCAAGAUAUGGAAGAUUGCGCUGAACGUGGUGGGGAAGGGAGACAGUCUGUCGUCAUGGGACGGGGCUCUGGACCUGCCUGAACAGACACUCAUUCAUAACAGAUGCCAGCAGCUGAUUGACCAGCUGAAGAUACCGGAGGAGAAUGAGGCAGGCAUGGUGGCUGACGUGGAGUCGGUCAUCACCUUCUACUGCAAGUCCCGAAACAUCACCUUCACUCCAGAGCUCAGCUGGCCAGACCUGCUUAAACCCCUGCUGGGUCUGCAGCUGCCACGCAGUGACCUCUACAACUGCUUCUACGCUAUCAUGAACAAAUAUAUCCCCAGGGACUGUGUUGCAAAGGGCCAGCCCUUCCAUCUCUUUAGACUGCUGCUGCAGUACCAUGAACCAGAACUCUGCUCCUUCCUGGACACCAAGAAGGUCACCCCCGACUCCUACGCCAUCAGAUGGUUGGGCAGCAUGUUCGCCUGUCACUGCAGCCCAGAGGUCACCCAGGCUGUGUGGGACAUCUACCUUCAGCAGGCCGACCCCUUCCUCAUCUUCUUCCUCAUGCUCAUCAUGCUUGUAAAUGCCAAAGAUUCCAUUCUUUCCCAAGAAGAAGGGGACAGUAAAGAAGAUAUUAUCAAGAUGCUGGAGAGCUCUCCAACUCUUCUGGAAACUGAGGACAUAGAGGACCUAUUCUCCCUGGCACAGUACUACUACAGCAAGACUCCACUGUCACUAAAGAAGGAGAACCAGAACUUGUUUGGCAGUAGUCUGGUGGCUCUAAAGGAGGAGGACAUGGAUUUAAGCCAGGUGCUGUGUCUGCCUGUGUCUGUCCCUGAAAUCCUGCAGGCCAAUCAGCUACAGCCGGAGGGGGUUCGGUUCUUUGUGGUGGACUGCCGCCCGGCAGAGCAGUACAACGCUGGCCACCUCUCCACCGCUUUCCAUCUGGACUCUGACUUGAUGCUGCACAACCCCUCUGAGUUCGCCUUGUCGGUGAAGUCCCUGCUGGAGGCGCAGAAGCAUUCCCUGGAGUCGGGCUCCGUUGCCAGCGGGGAGCACCUGUGCUUCAUGGGCAGCGGACGUGAGGAGGAAGACAUGUACAUGAACAUGGUGCUGGCGCACUUCCUGCAGAAAAACAAGGAGUAUGUCAGCAUUGCAAAGGGUGGUUUUAUGGCACUGCAGCAGCACCUGGCUGACAUUAACGUGGAAGGCCCAGACAAUGUGUACGUGCACUGGAUCGUCAGCACCUCUGGCUCUCACGGCAGCCCCCGUGAUGGAGAGGGUGUGAAUGGCCCCGGGGACAGCAAAGGAGUGAAGUCCCUGGUUAACAAGAUGACCUUUGCCCUCAAGUCCAAAUCGGUGAACGUGAAGGAGAAGGUGAUCAGCUUUAUUGAGAACACAUCUGCUCCAGUGGACAAAAUGUCUUUCACUCUGCCCUGGCCAGAGAAGGUGAUUCCGGAUCGGCACAUAAGCAGUAGUGACCGGGUGGGGAAGCCAUACAGGGGUGUCAAACCUGUGUUCAGCAUCGGGGAUGAGGAGGAGUAUGACACAGAUGAGAUCGACAGCUCAUCCAUGUCUGAUGAUGACCGCAAGGAGAUUGUCAACAUCCAGACCUGGAUCAGCAAGCCAGAUGUCAAGCAUCAUGUGCCGUGCAAUGAAGUGAAGGAGACGGGGCACAUGUUCCCCAGUCACCUCCUGAUCACAGCCACCCACAUGUACUGUCUGCGAGAGAUCGCCUCGCGGAAAGGCUUUGCCUACAUCCAGUCCCGACAGGCACUCAACUCCGUGGUGAAGAUCACCUCCAAAAAGAAACACCCAGAGCUCAUCACCUUCAAGUUCGGCAGCAACAACACAGCAGGCGUGGAGGUCCUGGCAGUGGAGAGGUAUCUGAUACCAAAUGCAGGUGAUGCCACCAAGGCCAUCAAGCAGCAGAUCAUGAAGGUGCUGGAUGCUCUUGAAAGCUCAUAGUGGCCAUAUGGACAACAGCUCCCCCACUGGCAGAUUGAGGAACUGCAGAGGGGACCGUGUCAAUGGGGGAAGUGGCUGUCGUAGAGCUUCUCCCUGUCCUCAGACAAAUGGAAGACCUGCAGUAUUGAUUAUUAACCACCACCUCUAUGUCUGUCAGCAUAUGACUGGACUUGACAACUGAAGAGCUGUGGAGUCCUGACAGAUGUCUACGCUCCUGAUCAUUUUUCUUCAUGCCGUUUGAAGUUUUUGAAAUCUUGAAAAGACAGCACAUUUCAGAGAUGUGGGAUAUGAUUACUGCUUGACCUUUUUUGGGGACCUGCCACUAGCCUUAACUUGGAAAGGUGUUAACGUAUCUCCUGAAUGCUGCUUUUUCAGUAGCAAGCACAUGUAGGACUGAACGAUGACAGAGCGGUUUCUUUAACUCAGAGUGGAAGGUCAGCUAUUGACUAUUUUUAUCUGCUUUUAUUUAAGCAUCCCAUAAUUAUCUUGCCAUGUGUAAAUGUUAAAUGGCAGAUGUGACAAUAUAUAUGUAUUGUGAGAGUGUGGACAGGUAUUUCAGACAGAGUAUUUGUAGAGAGAGGCUGAGUUCCUUCUUUUCUGACUCAGAAAGUCUUAAUAUUAUGGUCACAGACUUAAACAGGGGUGGUGUUUGCUCCACAUAGUGGAGUCUUCAUGCAGUGCAGGUUUUAUAGAUGUCAUGAUGCGUAAUACAUUGCAAAUGGCAUUGCGCUGGUGUUGACUCUGUCGUCAGAAGGGAUUCCUUGGAAGAUUGGUUAUGUACUCAUGUACUUAUUCAAGAAAUACUAAACCUUACACCAGAUCUGGUGAGGUGAUGUACACAAAAGUAUUUACAUUCUUGUGUUCACUAGUUAAUGUUAAAGUUAAAACUGUUAAUAUUUUGAUACUUGCCCUUGAAAUUUGUUUUCAGCUUCUAGCCUUAACCUUGAAAUGGAGACAAAGAUUGGUUAAACUUUAUAAGUAUCUGUUGUAUAUAAUGUAAACUUCAAAAAUAAUGACAAACUUUGCUUUGAAAAAGUGCACAGGGAGUAAAGUAUGCAGGGGACAGUACUUGGUAACCUGUUUCUGGUUAAAUAAUGACCCUAAGUACAAGGGCACAUAUAAAAGGAGACAGACUGAAUUCACCCUUUCAAGGGUCUUAUGUCAUGUAUUUCCUGACAAACUGCCUACUCGCCUUUUUAAGUCACCAAAGCUCCAAUCAUUUCCCCUUUUAUUGUAUUGAAUUAACCAAUUGGAAGAGGUCUCCAGUUCGUAAACUGUAAAACUCAAAUUCUGAACAAAACUAAAGGUGGUGUGCUCCCGUGUCACAUGGGAUAAUUGGUUCUGGCUAUCUGUGGUUUCAUCAAUAAUUAAUAAAAAUUGCACAGAAAAUAAAAUGUAAAACUAAAAGGCGCAUUCUUGGUUAUUUUGACUAUCCAAGGUGUCCACACCUUUAGCUGCUCUCCACUGCUUUCCUAAUUUAGUUUAUUUGUAAUGCUCAGCAAACCAUCUGAAUUUGAAUUCCCCCUGAAUGUCAGUAGUAAAUUGUGAGUAUCAGUGCUUUGCUUUCAGUUGCACUCAUUCACUGGUAUUUCAAAGAAAAUAUUACCCACGGUGUCAAUCAAUCCCCUACAGUAUGUGAGCCAAGUCAUAGGAAGGUGUAAGCAGGCACUCGAGUAGCAUCCUUUAAAUGUUUUUUUUUUUCCUCUUUCAAAACAUAUUGAAAAUAUUUUCAAACAGAUCUUACUGAAAUCCCUUAGCUUUUUAAAGUUACUUGUACAUUUUGUUUUCGGUUAAAUGCACCUUACUGUACUGUUAUUUUUUGUAAUCCUGUUUUAAUAAAUUU